AUGGCACAUUUAAAUCUUCUACUUUUGGUGACGUUCCUGGCGGUCACCGCCACAGCUUGCACGAAAAGUAUCUCGUCCGAUCUGCUAGAUCCGUGUGGAUUCAGUGCGCUAACGGUUUCGGUAGCGCCCUCGAGUUGGGUUCUGUCCCGGCAGAACUGUGGUCUACCGAUUGCGGUUGAAAUGUUUGAAAGCCCGCCGGUGGUGUACUUUGACUACGGAAGCCCGGAAAAGCUGUACACGGUCGUUUUCGUCGAUCUGGAUGGGGGACCCACGGAGAAUAAGGUGUUUCUGCAUUGGAUUGUGGCCAAUGUGGCGGAAUCCACGUUGCUUCAGGGCAUGACUUCAACGGACGGCGAUACCGUGAUGGACUAUCUCGCCCCUACGGCGGCCCGCUACGAGCACCGGUACGGGUUCUAUCUGUACGAACAGGUUUACGGAACGAGCUACCCGCCGAUGCCGGACAGCCGGGCCGAGUUCGAUUUGGGCGCCUGGAUCGGGUCGCAGCACCCGGAGGGGGCGCUCUGUGGCCCCGUUGCCUCGACCGGGUUCAGUGCGUAGUGCGCGCGGGAAUUUAUUGACCAUGCCAGAGGGGCCGCGGAAUUGUAGCAGCAGCAGCAGAUAAGAAGGAGCGACUCUGGAGAGUUGAUCUGCGGGCAGCGCCAGCGGCAGCAUAUCUUGGGCUGGUAGAAUUUAUAUAGACAUCAUGCGAAUAACUUAGAUGUGACCAAUAAAUGUCGCCGGGAACAGGCGAAAACCGUGUAACAAGUCGACCCAGACUGACAGGGAAAGGGAGCGCAUU